CAAGGCGGCUAGUUGACUUUGUUUUUUUGUGAUGGGCGAUCUGAGUGGCCCGGUGUACGAAAGUACGCCGAAAAACUAUAAAAAACGAAAUACCAGACAAACAAAUUUUGCAACACCCCAUAUUCCACUGGCUGGGGGCGGUAGUAAAAAAGCAAGACUAGUCAUAGAACAAAUGAACGUUUCAAAUCAAGCAGCUCCUCUCGAUGAACAGUCAGAUGUAAACACAAAUGUCAGUUCAUCUCGCCGCUCUGUAAAUAAACAACUUUCUCAACCUCGACGAGUUAUUGCAACUGGAAAUAAAUCUCGUCAAAACAACUGGAUGUAUGUGAAUCGUAAAGAAACAUCUAAACCGAGUAAUCGUCGUGUUUCACCUAUUCGAAAUCGACAAUCUCAGAGCUCCGGUCGAAAUAGACAGUUAAUUCAAACACAACAUUCAAGUAAAACAACAGGAAGUGCUUCAAAUGAUAAUCAAAUUAGGCCGAAGAGAAGAGCCGCUCCCUGUGAAAUCGCUUUAAGAGAAAUAAGAGCUUUUCAGCGUAGUACAAAUCUUCUUUUAAGGAAGUUACCAUUUGCACGUUUAGUACGUUCUAUCACUGUUCGUACACUUGGUCCCAGCUAUUUAUCAUUUAAUUGGCAAGCUGUCUGUUUUUUGGCAUUACAAGAAGCUGCGGAAGCAUUUAUUGUUCAUUUAUUCGAAUGCGCACAACGAUGCGCAAUACAUGCAAGACGUGUAACAGUUAUGACCAAGGAUAUUCAAUUAGUGACACAUUUACAAAAUAUACCAACUUCAUCACAAUUUACACAUUAUCAUCAUACUAUACAAAGCCAACAACAACUGGCACAUUUGAAACAAUUAAAAUAUAAACCUGCUUCACAGCCUCGGAAAAAAGGUUAUUCUCAACAAUCAGAUGUUGACGAAGACGAUAGCACUGAUACUUCAUAGAUGAAUCUUUUUUUGUUUUUCUUUUCUCCAUCCUUGUCAUUUUAUCAUGAUAUGCUUUUGUGUAUCUGUAUCUGUACAGAUCAUGAUGUAUAUACUGUCUUCAUUGUUCAUAUCUUUCCCGUGACUAUGGUUGAUACGGUAAGUCAAUCAGAAGUAGCCAAAUAGGGAAGGUCAAUCGAUAGCAAUCAGAAUUGACCUGAAUGACAAGUGCAUUUAAUUGGCUAAAAAAUGGAUUAAAUUUCCAAGGGGGGGGGGCUAGAGUUGUACA